GAGGCUCUGUACUCUGAUUGGCUUAUCCUCCUCUCUAUGUGACCUGUUAAAUUCACCCAUUGCUGCACCGUGCUCAGCCUCCCCCUCCUCUCUUUUCUCUCUCUCCGCCUUUAUCACCCCCCUCCUCCACUAGUUCUGCCUGGUGAGUGUGGGGAGAGAAAGAGGAUUAACAUAUAUAUACACACACACACACACACACUCCGUGCCAUGUGGGCUGAAGCGCUCACCUACAGGAGACUGAGAGACAGGAAUGCACAUUCUGCAGCGUCAGUCUGGUUUGAAGGAUUUUGGGAACGCAUCUAAAGAAGAUUUAUCAAAUCAUAUUAAGGGAACUUUCUUUCACAAUUUAUUUAUUUUCUCUUUUAUUGGCUGGCUGGCUUUUGUUGUUUUUUUGUUAUGAACUGGAAUUGCACCAUGCAGCCCCAUCACUAUGCAGAGCAAAUCUGAUUGGCUGAUCUUUGUGGUGCUAAGACGGCAGGAUUGGUGCUGUGUUGGCGUCUCGGUUUGGGAUGUUGUUGUCGGCUAGAGCUUUGAAAUGAUUUGAGAGUGUAGUUGUCGUACUUAUUCCUGUUUUUAGUGUUUCCUAUUGGGGGUUCAUAUUCAUACUGAUUGUGUGACUGUCUUUAAUGGGAUUUUGGUCACAGAGCCAUCAUUUGAUUUUAACCUCCUGUGUGAAUUGAGUUGAAUUCACACCAAAACUACAGAUCCCGCAAUGCCGAGCCGAGAGUCACAUAUCGGUAAAAGAGGUAAAAAGCAAUCCCGCAGGCGAGCCGAGAAGGAAACUGGUCAGAAGGGCUCUUUGUUUACGGCAGCUCUCGGUUUGAAUGUAAGCGCUGGUUCAAUUCCAUCCCUGCCAGUCUCUGACACCACCUCGGACCCCAGCACGGGCUCUGGGACCCGUUACAAGCGGGCACCAGCCCCCUCCAAACCCACCUCCCCUGCUUCCACCUUCUGGCAACCAAUCAGAUCUUUUGCCCUUUCGCAGCUCACAUCGCUGGUGCGGCGGGCCACCCUGAGGGAGAGCGACUUGGCACCCAAAUACGAGAAGGUCCAUAACUUCAAGGUUCAUACGUUCAGAGGCCCCCACUGGUGUGAGUACUGUGCCAACUUCAUGUGGGGUCUCAUUGCCCAGGGAGUCAAGUGUGCAGACUGUGGGUUGAAUGUCCAUAAGCAGUGCUCCAAAGUCGUGCCGAACGACUGCCAGCCAGAUCUGCGGCACGUCAAGAAGGUGUACAGCUGCGACCUCACCACGCUGGUCAAAGCCCACAACACCAAGAGGCCCAUGGUGGUCGACAUGUGCAUACAGGAAAUCGAGGCGAGAGGUCUCCAGUCAGAGGGUUUGUACAGAAUAUCGGGCUUUAGUGAGCUGAUUGAAGAUGUCAAGCUGGCCUUUGACAGAGAUGGAGAGAAGGCGGACAUUUCCUCAAAUGCUUACGAGGACCUCAACAUUAUCACCGGAGCCCUCAAGCUCUACUUCAGAGAGCUGCCUAUUCCCCUUAUCACAUAUGAUGCCUACCCACGCUUCAUAGAAACAGGAAAGAUUGCAGACCCAGAAAAACGUCUGGAGUCUCUCCACGAGGCCUUGAAGCUGCUGCCGCCAGCUCACUGCGAGACGUUGCGAUACCUAAUGGCUCACCUCAAGAGAGUGACCGAGUACGAGAAGGAAAACCUCAUGUCCAGCGAGAACCUGGGUAUUGUCUUUGGCCCGACACUGAUGAGGGCCCCCGGGCUGGACGCCAUGACGGCGCUCAACGACAUCCGAUACCAGAGACUCGUGGUGGAAUCGCUCAUUACCAACGAAGACGUGUUGUUCUGAGAAGAGCGGAGGGAAACAAUUCUUCAGGAAGAACAGACAGAUUGGAAAACCCUCCUGUGGAAAGAUAGAAGAAAAAGUUGACUUAUUACAACAAAAUGAAGAAGCAACAUGCAAGAUACCUGGAAGAAGUGUCUUGAUAGAGGACACAAGGAGUGUUUUUGUAAGGAGUGGAUGUAGGGAAGAAGGAAGGACGUGACUAUUUGCAGUGAAGGAAUUGAUUAAAAAACAUGGUGGAGAAGAAGUAGACUGAAGGAUGCAGUGUUUCCCUACAUUUUAAAUGCAAAACUCAAUCAACAGACUAGAAGCUUCCACAGAAGAUCAAAUAUGUGUAAUGUUGUACAAAAAUUGCCCAGCCUUACUUGAUAGAAUUAAAA